AUGACCACCACCGCCCAAGACAAUUCCCCCAAGAGGAGACAGCGUAUCAUCAAUUGUGUGACGCAACUGCCCUACAAAAUUCAAUUGGGUGAAAGCAACGAUGACUGGAAGAUAUCUGCUACCACAGGCAACAGUGCGUUAUAUUCUUCUCUAGAGUAUCUACAGUUUGAUUCUACAGAGUAUGAGCAACACGUUGUUGGCUGGACCGGUGAAAUAACAAGAACCGAACGCAACCUGUUUACUAAAGAAGCCAAGGAAAAGCCACAAGAUUUAGACGAUGAUCCAUUAUAUUUAACAAAAGAGCAGAUUAACGGGUUGACCACUACUCUACAAGAUCACAUGAAAUCUGAUAAAGAGGCAAAGACCGAUACUACUCAAACUACUUCCGUUAGCAAUAACGUCCAUCCCGUUUGGCUACUUAGAAAAAACCAGAGCAGAUGGAGAAAUUACGCGGAAAAAGUUAUUUGGCCAACUUUUCACUAUAUCUUGAAUCCAUCAAAUGAAGGUGAGCAAGAAAAGAACUGGUGGUACGAUUACGUCAAGUUUAAUGAAGCUUAUGCACAAAAAAUCGGGGAAGUUUACAGGAAGGGUGAUAUCAUCUGGAUCCAUGACUACUACCUACUGCUACUACCUCAACUACUGAGAAUGAAGUUUAACGACGAAUCCAUUAUUAUUGGUUACUUCCACCAUGCUCCCUGGCCUAGUAACGAAUAUUUCCGUUGUUUGCCCCGUAGAAAGCAAAUCUUAGAUGGUCUUGUUGGGGCCAACAGAAUUUGUUUCCAAAAUGAAUCUUUCUCGCGUCAUUUUGUAUCGAGUUGUAAAAGAUUAUUAGACGCCACUGCCAAGAAAUCUAAAAACUCUUCCAAUAGCGAUCAAUAUCAAGUCUCUGUGUACGGUGGUGACGUACUCGUAGACUCUUUGCCUAUUGGUGUCAACACAACUCAAAUCCUAAAAGACGCUUUCACAAAGGAUAUUGAUUCCAAGGUUCUUUCCAUCAAACAGGCUUAUCAAAACAAAAAAAUCAUUAUUGGUAGAGAUCGUUUGGAUUCUGUCAGAGGCGUUGUUCAAAAAUUAAGGGCUUUUGAAACUUUCCUAGCCAUGUACCCAGAAUGGCGAGAUCAAGUGGUACUGAUCCAGGUCAGCAGCCCUACUGCUAAUAGGAACUCCCCCCAAACUAUUAAACUGGAACAGCAGGUCAAUGAACUGGUGAACUCGAUCAAUUCUGAAUAUGGUAACUUAAAUUUUUCUCCCGUCCAGCAUUACUACAUGAGAAUUCCUAAGGAUGUAUACUUGUCCUUAUUAAGAGUUGCAGAUUUAUGUUUAAUCACAAGUGUUAGAGACGGUAUGAAUACCACUGCUUUGGAAUACGUCACCGUCAAAUCACACAUGUCCAACUUCCUAUGUUACGGUAAUCCUUUGAUUUUAAGUGAGUUUUCCGGCUCUAGUAACGUGUUGAAGGAUGCAAUUGUAGUUAACCCAUGGGAUUCUGUCGCUGUGGCUAAAUCUAUCAACAUGGCUUUGAAAUUGGACAAGGAAGAAAAAACCAAUCUAGAAUCAAAAUUAUGGAAAGAGGUUCCUACCAUUCAAGAUUGGACUAAUAAGUUUUUAACCUCAAUAAGAGAACAGGCCACAUCUGAUGAUGAUGUGGAAAGAAAAAUGACGCCAGCACUUAAUAGACCUGUUCUUUUAGAAAACUACAAGCAAGCAAAGCGUAGAUUGUUCCUUUUUGAUUAUGAUGGUACUCUGACUCCAAUUGUUAAAGACCCAGCUGCGGCCAUUCCAUCGGCAAGACUUUAUACGAUUCUACAAAAAUUGUGUGCUGAUCCUCAUAAUCAAAUUUGGAUUAUUUCAGGUCGUGACCAAAAGUUUUUGAACAAAUGGCUAGGUGGUAAACUGCCUCAACUAGGUCUAAGUGCGGAGCACGGAUGUUUCAUGAAAGACGUUUCUUGUCAAGAUUGGGUCAACUUGACUGAAAAAGUUGAUAUGUCUUGGCAAGUACGCGUCAAUGAGGUGAUGGAAGAAUUUACCACGAGGACUCCAGGUUCUUUCAUUGAAAGGAAGAAAGUCGCUCUUACUUGGCAUUAUAGACGUACUGUUCCAGAAUUGGGUGAGUUCCACGCCAAAGAACUGAAAGAAAAAUUGCUAUCGUUUACCGAUGAUUUUGAUUUGGAGGUCAUGGAUGGUAAAGCCAAUAUUGAGGUUCGUCCAAGGUUCGUCAAUAAGGGUGAAAUAGUCAAGAGACUAGUCUGGCACCAACAUGGUAAACCACAGGACAUGUUAAAGGGAAUCAGCGAAAAACUUCCUAAGGAUGAAAUGCCUGAUUUCGUAUUGUGUUUGGGUGAUGAUUUCACUGACGAGGACAUGUUUAGACAGUUGAAUACCAUCGAAACUUGUUGGAAAGAAAAAUACCCUGACCAGAAAAAUCAAUGGGGCAACUACGGCUUUUAUCCUGUCACUGUGGGAUCUGCAUCCAAGAAAACUGUCGCAAAGGCUCAUUUAACUGAUCCUCAACAAGUUCUGGAAACUCUAGGUUUACUUGUUGGUGAUGUUUCUCUCUUCCAAAGCGCUGGUACGGUCGACUUGGAUUCCAGAGGUCAUGUCAAGAACAGUGAAAGUAGUUUGAAAUCAAAACUGGCAUCUAAAGCUUAUGUCAUGAAAAGAUCUGCUUCUUACACUGGUGCAAAGGUUUGA